GGGGCUGUAUCCAGCUCUUCUCUGGAGGCACAGGACAGGCAUCACCAAGCAGAGCUGGGGGUGGACUCGCUGGAUAGGGCCACACUGCUCAGAGAAGGAGUGGGUGGCAGAGAGCAGCAAGAGGAGAUCGGUGACAGCAGUGCUGACCUGAAGCUUACAGGAGCCUCCAGGGGAACGGGGACCUGCCAGCAGUCCAGGAUGAACACUCACCAUGCAGGAUGCUUUUGGGAGAAGGAGAGAUCUGGGAUCCAGACAUCUGUCAGCUACAUGGUCCGGCUUCCCACCUGCUCACAGCCUUGAGGAAGUUCCCUCUCCAUCCCGGGCACUGAGAGAGUAAAAGCAGGAGGUUGCUUGGAGCUGCCUAGCUCUGCUCUGUGGAGGGUGGACAGGGGGACAACAAGCUUCCCUUUUACCUUUCCUGAAGAUUUGGGGUCACACAUAGACCAUGAAUGGAUCCUUUUUCAACCAGACUCUCCUGGAGCAGGCAGCUGACCCCAACAGGACUCAGGGCUUGGGGAUGCUCAUGGCCUGCUGCAAUGGGACCAGCACGGUGCUGGCGACUGAUGGCGGCUCCUUGGUCCUAGCACCCGAUGAGAGGAGCCUUUUCAUCACAAGGGUGGUGCAGAUUGCUGUCCUCUGUGUCCUCUCCUUGACUGUGAUGUUUGGCAUCUUCUUUUUGGGCUGCAACCUGCUCAUCAAGUCAGAGAGCAUGAUUAACUUUCUGGUGAAAGACCGAAGACCUUCCAAGGACGUGGGCGCUGCAAUCAUGGGACUUUACUGAAGCCACCGGGCUCUCGUAGGCAAGUGAACUGUAUGGACCUGGUGUUGAGAUGCACAUUGCCAUGUGUUUGGGGCAACUGGGGGGAGUGAGAAGGGGGGAGGGGUCUUUUAGUCUGUCUGUGUCCAUGGGAAAGCAAACCUGUUUUUCCCAGUCAACGAAAUGUGGUGGUGAAUGGGAAAACCACCCCAGGGCUGUGUGAAGCACAAUAAAUGACCAGCAUUGUGUUGCAUACAGAAAUGGCUUAAGUUUUGCAUGAAACUUGCAGAAACAGUGAUAGUGGGGAGAUCUGGACUCUUUUACUGCUGUUACCUUGGAUACUGCUACCUAGAAUUUAGGGCUAAAAAAAAAAAGUCGAAUAAGUCGUUACAAAAAGAAAACAAAAGAGAAUACUAAAGGGAGAGCAAAACACAGAGCACAGACUUCGUCUUUGAGAGGGGCAGGGGAAUGGAAGUGCUGUGUGGGUCAUAAAACAAAGUCUGCAUGCUAAAAAAUGUCAGUCUGCUGUGUUUUGGACCUUGAGCAUGCAUGUUCUGGUAGUUUUGUAACAGGGAAAGCAUGUCGUUCCUUAUUUUCCUGACCUAUCCUGUUAAAUAAACUGGUACUUUCUUCUUGUAUGCUAUGGUGGAGGAAGAAAAGAACAUGGAUAAAUAUAAUCCCCUUUCCACCCUUAAAACAAAAGCAUGCUUGUUUUUGUACACACCAGCCUCUUUUUCCAAGUGCUACAUUGUUACAGUCUUUGAGGUUUUGUAACUUUUGAAAACUGGUGAACAUUCAGGAAGAAAAAACCAACCUGUUU